AUGUGUGCAAUCUUUAACAUACCACGGGAAAAGUACGAACACUUUAACAAGUUCACCCCAAGCAAGGCAGUAAAGCCACUUCCUUUCUUUCUUUCUACCUUUCUUUCUUUCUUUCUUUCUUUCUUUCUUUCUUUCUUUCUUUCUUUCUUUCUUUCUUUCUUUCUUUCUUUCUUUCUUUCUUUCUUUCUUUCUUUCUACUUUUUAUCUUUUAAGCAAGUUCACCCCAAGCAAGGCAGUAAAGCCACUUCCUUUCUUUCUUUCUACCUUUCUUUCUUUCUUUCUUUCUUUCUUUCUUUCUUUCUUUCUUUCUUUCUUUUCUUUUUUUUCUUUCUUUCUUUCUUCUUUCUUUCUUUCUUUCUUUCUUUCUUUCUUUUCUUUCUUUCUUUCUUUCUUUACUUUUUAUCUUUUAAGCAAGUUCACCCCAAGCAAGGCAGUAAAGCCACUUCCUUUCUUUCUUUCUACCUUUCUUUCUUUCUUUCUACCUUUCUUUCUUUCUUUCUUUCUUUCUUUCUUUCUUUCUUUCUUUCUACUUUUUAUCUUUUAAGCAAGUUCACCCCAAGCAAGGCAGUAAAGCCACUUCCUUUCUUUCUUUCUACCUUUCUUUCUUUCUUUCUUUCUUUCUACUUUUUAUCUUUUAAGCAAGUUCACCCCAAGCAAGGCAGUAAAGCCACUUCCUUUCUUUCUUUCUACCUUUCUUUCUUUCUUUCUUUCUUUCUUUCUUUCUUUCUUUCUUUCUUUCUUUCUUUCUUUCUUUCUUUCUUUCUUUCUCUUUCUUUUCUUUCUUUCUUUUCUUUCUUUCUUUCUUUCUUUCUUUACUUUUUUUUAUCUUUUAAGCAAGUUCACCCCAAGCAAGGCAGUAAAGCCACUUCCUUUCUUUCUUUCUACCUUUCUUUUCUUUCUUUCUUUCUUUCUAGUGUAGUAGCAAGUAUACAGCCACUUCUUUUUUUCAUUCGAUCUUCCCCAUCUCUCUGCAUUUAUGUGUUUUCCUCUUUUUUCUUUCUCUCCUCUCUCUCUCUCUCUUUCUCUCUCUCUCUCUUUCUCUUUCUGUGGAGAUUUAUGGUCGCCUACGUCCUGGACUUUUCCCGCGAUAGUACAAUAAUUCUUUGGGUUUACUUUUUUUUUCUCACACACUUUUCAUUUUUCUUUUUCAAUUUUCUUCUCUUUUUUCAUUUCAUUCUCUCUCGUUCGCUCUUUCCGGCUUUUCCUGCUAUCUCUUUUCAUAUUCUUCCCUCUCAUUCUCAGUAUUUAUUCUUUCUUUCUCUCUUCUUCUUUCCGUCACCCUCGUUCUCUCUGUCUAACAUUACUAUAUCUUUUCAGCACUUUAUUCCCUCUUGUUCUUUCUUUACACCUUUUUUUCUCUUUCAGCUUCACUUUUGUUCAUUUUGUUCGCCCCUCUCUCUCUAUGUCUCUCUCUAUCUAUCUAGUGAUUUUCCAAGCGUGCCCCUCUCUCUAUCUAUCUAUCUAUCUGAAUCUGUUCUUAUCUCUCUAUAUGAUUUUAUUCUUAUCUAUCUAUCUAUCUAUCUAUCUAUCUAUCUAUCUAUCUAUCUAUCUCAGUCUGUUUAUAUCUAUCUAUCUAUCUAUAUCUAUUUCAGUCUGUUCAUAUCUAUCUAUCUAUCUCAGUGUUCAUAUCUAUCUAUCUCAGUCUGCUCAUAUCUAUCUAUCUAUCUAUCUAUCUAUCUAUCUAUCUAUCUAAAAAUCUUUUUUUUUUCCGUUUCUUUCACUCUAUUUCUCUUCUUUAUAUAUUUCCCCUUUUGUUCUCGUUUUUUCUUUCCCUCUUCAACAACUUUCUUUGUUUUUUUUCUUUCAAUUUCUUCCCCUCGCUCUCUCUCUUUUUCAGCUUAUCUCUCUUUGUCUCUUUUCAGACUCUUUCCCCUCGUUCUGAUUUUUCACCUUCUUUAUCCUCGUUCUCUCUUUUCAGCAUUGCUUCCCCUCUUUCUCUCUCUUUUUCUCUGUUUCUAUUAUUUUCGUUCUGCUUCGCCUGUCCUUUUCGAAUUCAUUCUCUCUUUCCAUCUUUUCUUUCUCUCUUUUUCAUUUUCUUCUAUCACGAUCUCUGUUUUCAGUAUUUCUUUCUCAUUCAAUUAUUUAUUUUUUCACUCGGUAUUUUUAUUCCUGUCAUCAUUUUUUUUAUCUCUCUUUUCGGCUUCUCUUAUCCUUUUUCAGUUUCUUCUUCGUCCUUGCUUUCAGAAUGUUAUUUCUUAUAUUUAUCCUUUCUUUCUUUCUUUCUUUCUUUCUUUCUUUCUUUCUUUCUUUCUUUCUUUCUUAUUACCUUUCUUCAUACCUUCCUUUCUUUCUUUCUUUCUUUCUUUCUUUCUUUCUUUCUUUCUUUCUUUCUUUCUUUCUUAUUACCUUUCUUCAUACCUUCCUUUCUUUCUUUCUUUCUUUCUUUCUUUCUUUCUUUCUUUCUUAUUACCUUUCUUCAUACCUUCCUUUUUUUCUUUCUUUCUUUCUUUCUUAUUACCUUUCUUCAUACCUUCCUUUCUUUCUUUCUUUCUUUCUUUCUUUCUUUCUUUCUUUCUUUCUUUCUUUCUUAUUACCUUUCUUCAUACCUUCCUUUCUUUCUUUCUUUCUUAUUACUUUUCUUCAUACCUUCCUUUCUUUCUUCCUUUCUUUCUUUCUUUCUUUCUUUCUUUCUUUCUUUCUUUCUUUUACCUUUCUUCAUACCUUCCUUUCUUUCUUUCUUUCUUUCUUUCUUUCUUUCUUUCUUUCUUUCUUUCUUUCUUUCUUUCUUUCUUUCUUUUUUACCUUUCUUUCUUACCUUCCUUUCUUUCUUUCUUCCUUUUCUUUCUUUCUUUUCUUUCUUUCUUAUUACCUUUCUUUCUACCUUUCUUUUUUUUCUUUCUUUCUUUCUUUCUUUCUUUCAUAUUACCUUUCUUCAUACCUUCCUUCCUUUCUUUCUUUCUUUCUUUCUUUUACCUUUCUUUCUUACCUUCCUUCCUUCCUUUCUUUCUUUCUUUCUUUUCUUUCUUUCUUUCUUUCUUUCUUUCUUUCUUUCUUUACCUUUCUUCUUUCCUUCCUUCCUUCCUUUCUUUCUUUCUUUCUUUUUUCUUUCUUAUUACCUUUUUCAUACCUUUCUUUCUUUCUUUCUUUCUUUCUUUCUUUCUUUCUUUCUUUCUUUCUUAUUACCUUUCUUCAUACCUUCCUUCCUUCCUUCCUUCCUUCCUUUCUUUCUUUCUUUCUUUCUUUCUUUCUUUCUUUCUUUCUUUCUUUCUUUCUUUCUUUCUAUUCAUUUCCAUACCUCUCGUUUUAUCUUUUCCGAAUUUUCCUUCUUUCAUUUUCUCCAUUUGCUUUCUGCCUUGGCUUUUUUUUUCAUCUUUUUCUUCAGCUUCUUUUUCUCCUCUCAGCUUUUCUCAUCUUCUCCCCUUCAUAUGUUUUCCCUCUUAUUUAUCACUUCUUUCUUUCUAUUCAUUUCCUUACCCCGCUUUUUCUCUUUUCAGUAUUUUUCUCACACUUUCAUUCUCUUUAUUCGCUUUUGGCGUUUUUUCCACCUCUUUUCGGUUUUCCCUCCUUUUCUCCUUUAGAUGUUUUCUCUCUUAUUUAUCAUUUCUUUCUUUCUAUUCAUUUCCCUCCCUCUGCGUUUUCUCUUGUUUACUUCUCGUUCUCUCUCUCUCUCUCUUUUCAGCUUUUUCUUCUCGUUUCUUUCUCUCUAUUCAUUUCCCUCCUUCUGCGUUUUCUCUUGCUUACUUCUCUCUCUCUCUUUUCAACCUUUCCUUCUGUUUCUCCUUCACAUGUUCCCUCUCUUAUUUAGCAUUUCUUUCUUUCAAUUCAUUUAAUUCCUCUCUUUUCAGUAUUUCCCUCACUCUUCUAUUUCCUCUAUUCGCUUUUUUCUUUCUUUCUUUUCAGUCUCUCUCUCUCUCUCUCUCUCUCUCUCUCUCUAUUUCUUCAGCCUUUCCUUGGUUCUUCUCUUUGAUUCUCUUCUCUCUCUUUUUCAGCUCUUCUUUCCCUCAAUUCAUAUUUUUCUCUCUCGUUUUUUCUUUACCCCCUUUAUUCUUACACUUUCUUCUCCCAGCGAUGUCACUCAAGAUAGACAGCUUGUCUAUUACUUUUCUUUCUUUUAUGCUCGCUGUUUGCACAAAUUCGUUCUUUACAUCUCAAGCCCAUAAAAAUGAACACUGCGCCAUAUUGUCGGUGGCGAGCCAAUCAACAUUUCUCGCUUAUCGAUCUUGUUUCUUCACCGUUCAGCACUUUUCUCCUCACUAUUGCUCACCCUUUUUUGUUUGUUUGUAUUCAGUUUAUUAUCUUCCGUAUUCUCAUAUCUCUAUUGCAACUUGUUCCAUCUUUCCCUCUUUUAAUAUACCCUCCUUGGAUGCUUCGCUGUGGGACAAUGAUUAG